AUGUAUAGCCCAUCUGUAUUAGAUAUUCCAGCUGUAAUUUUUGACAACGGAUCAGGACUCUGCAAAGCAGGCCUGUCUGGAGAGAUUGGACCCCUUCACAUCAUCAGUUCUGUUGUGGGGCAUCCUAAAUUUAACAUGCCCUUAUCAGAAGCCACUAAGAAAAAGUACUUCGUGGGACAAAAAGCCCUGUACAAGUAUAAGGUCUUGCAUUUGCACUACCCCAUUGAGUGUGGACUGGUAACAGGAUGGGAUGACAUAGAGAAACUUUGGAAGUAUCUUUUUGAGUGGGAACUAGGAGUCAACCCUGUCAGACCUGUACUCAUGACUGAGCCCUCUUUGAACCCAAGGGAGACUGGAGAGAAGAUGACAGAAGUGAUGUUUGAACUCAAUGUGCCUGCUUUCUACCUGUCCAACCAUGCAGUGGUAGCCUCUGUCACGGGAUUAGUGGUGGAGAGUGGUGAUGGGAUCACCUGCACUGUCCCUAUCUUUGAGGGUUAUUCCCUGCCUCAUGCUGUGACCAAGCUCUACGUGGCAGGAAGGGACAUCAUAGAGCACCUCACUCGGCUCCUCCUCGUUCAUGGAAGUACCUUCCCUUUCAUGCUCAAUAAAGCCUUAGUGGGUGACAUCAAAGAGAAGCUGUGUUAUGUGGCCUUGGAGCCAGAGAAAGAGCUAUGUAAGAAGCCAGAAGAGGUUCUAAGAGAAUACAAACUGCCAGAUGGAAAUGUUAUCUACAUUGGAGACCAGCUGCACCAGGUGCCUGAGAUCCUUUUUGCACCUGACCAGCUGGGUAUCCACAACCCAGGACUCUCAAAAAUGGUAUCCAGCAGCAUUAUGAAGUGUGACACUGAUAUCCAGAAGAAUCUUUUUGCAGAAAUUGUGCUGUCUGGGGGCACCACUCUUUUCCCUGGGCUUGAGGAAAGACUUUUGAAAGAACUGGAACAGCUGGCUUCCAGAGGAACUCCCAACAAGAUUACAGCUUCUGAUAGAUGUUUCUCUUCAUGGAUAGGUGCAUCCAUUGUGACCUCUCUGAGCAGGUUCAAGCAGAUGUGGAUCACUGCAGAUUUCAUGGAGUUUGGGACAUACAUUGUUCAGAGAAGAUGCUUUUAA